AUGUCGUCAACCCCCAUCCCCAGCAACUUCUACGACACCAAAUACCUCGCCGAAUACUACGACCUCUGGACCGCAUCGCAUCUCCCCCCCGUCGACCUACACAGCGACGCCCCAACCUACCUCACAGCCCUGAGAGAAGCCCUCCAAGACCGACCCUCCUCGCCAUUCACCAUCCUCGACAUCGGCACCGGCACCGGCCGCGUACUCAUCAACCUCGCCAACGACGCCGUAUCCCACCGCCUCGAUGUCUCGCACAUCACACUCCUCGGCGUCGACAAGGAGUCUGCGAUGAUCGACCGCGCAAAAGCCGUCCAGACCCAAACACCUGCUUUCAGGAACUUCCGCUCCGUCGCUUGGUCCACUGGCGAAGCUGCCUCGAUAUCCACUCUGCCCAUGCUAGCUCCUCAUCUUGGACAAAUCGAUCUCCUCCUCUUCGCGGUGGGAAGUAUCAGCCACCUGACGGGGCCUGACGAGCCCGCGGAGUUCUUCACACAGGUCGCGCAGCUCCUGAGGCCUGGCUCUGGGCGCGCGUACAUCCCCAUCCAGGCGGACUUGAUUGUCUCGGAGAGCGCAGACACGCAGGACGGGUUCACGCUGAGGGGGGAUACAUGGGCGGAGGUUCGGGAGGCCGAGACGUUCAGCAGUCAGUUGUAUGAGGGGGUGGUGUAUAAGCAGUUUCCAGUGCACAGCUCGAGGGUCGAAGGGGCGGUGAAGUACGAUAAGUAUGAGUUUGAAGUUGUGAAGAGCGCGGAGGGCGAGGAGAGGGUGAUCGAGCGGAAUCAGAUCGAGAUCUCGUUGAGGAUUUGGCAGCGGGGGAAGCUGCUGGAGUGGGCGAGGCAGGCAGGGUUGGAGUGUGUGAGGACGUUUGAGAGUUCGCAUGAGGAGUAUUUUGUCUUUAAGAGGUUGGAGGAUUAG